UACUGAGAUAAAUAAAAAAAGAAAGGCAAGGAAUGAGAUCGCUCUUUUUACCUAUUACCCGAGACUACGCUCUCGUGCUAAUUCCUAGAAAUCAAGUAGAGGUAGUCUUCGUUACUUGUAAUAGUCUUCUCAUCCACCGUGCGGAGUAGUUCAUCCAUUACAAACAAAAAAGCCAAUAUUUAUUUAAAAGUAGUUCAACUAAAUGUCUUUCUUGACUCUUGUUUUAGUAUACAAUGGAAUACCACGUUCAGCUGUGUCUUUAUGAUGGAAUUGAAACUCAAAUGGUGUCAGGUUGCUAGCCCAUCACUUACAAGAGGAAUAAGCCUAUGCCUAAAUCGCAUUUUACAAUAUCCAUGGAAAAGAUAUGGAGUGGUUCUAUUCUAAAGUACACCACACGGCACUGAGCAUGGAGAGAUUAAAUAAUUAUGAAUGUGCAUGAAGCAAAAGAAAUUCAGGUGCGUAUCGUGAUAAAUGCGUAGAUAGAUGUAGAAGAUGUACUAUCUGCCUACUUCUACCGGAAAAAUAGUCGUGUUUUAAGGUAUCUAUGUAUGUUCUGUGCUUAGUUCACUUGAAUAAAAACCUAUUAGUAUACCUCUAGGUUUGGAUUAGAGAUAUACUAAUUUAGCAUAGUGGUUUAAUUUAAAUUACGGAGCACUCGGUAAAAUCAAAGAAAUUUUAUUUUAAAUUACAUAUACGAUGAGAGGCAAAGACUUGACAUGAAAGAUAAAACAAAAUCAAUCAAAAAAAUAGAAUCAAUUCAAAGAUAAAAUUAGAAAAAAAAACCUCUAAAUCUCUAAAGAGGUUGGUCGCUCCAACAAAACCAUUGUGAUUGUCAGUCAAGUAGGUAAAGUCAACUUCAAAAAGUUAGGUAAGUAGGUACUACUUUACAUUUUGACGUUUAUGGAAGUUGAUGAAACUUUUGUUUGUUUUGUUUUUCGAUUGGACUAGUUUUCUGGUUUAGUAACGAUAUGAAUUUUUAAUUAAAUCUGCUGCUACUUUGUGCUAGUUUCUGUAGAUUACAAACAACAUCUGUGACUGAGGAAGCUGUGCUCACAGUGGACGUCACCAAAAAUGUGCUUGUAGAUUCCAUGACAGACCUUCCGGAAACCCUUAUACCUCCAGAUGUAAUCAUGUCCACGGAAAGUCAUGUAGAAAAUGAAGAAGACUCAACCAAACUUAAUCUGGCCUAUGAAAAGUUGUAUGAGGUGCCGAGAACCAUAGUGGAGAGGUUUUCAGACUAUGUUAUAUAUUUGGAUCUGAGUCAUAACAAAAUCACCAACUUAGAUGCUUUGGUACACUUCAAGCACUUGACAUCUCUCAUAGCUGAUGAUAAUCCUAUCACAGAACACUGUCUGCUACCUCCGCUACCGAAAUUGCAACUGCUGUGGUUGAACCACUGCAAGAUCGCUUCCUUGUUCCCGUGGGUGGGGAAGCUGAAGGAGUCCUGUCCGAAUCUGAACUAUCUAUGUCUGAUGGGGAACCCGGCCGCGCCGAGCUACCUCAACGGAGGCACUUACUAUGAGUCCCUGCAGUAUAGACUAUUCGUCAUAUCCCAAUUCCCAUCACUGACCCACUUGGACGACAGGAAAGUGACCGAGGACCAAAGACAAGAAGCCCAAAGACUGUACAAGCCUCCGUUCUUGGAGCGCUUCGUGAAAUCCCGCAACACAGGAUUCGGCCAGUUAGUACACACAUCUGUCACUUGGACCGCCGUACAAAAUAAAUUAUCCACUUUGUUAGGAAAAGACAGAGCUCAUGAAAGGAACCUUUUGAUUUAGAUGUAAGUAUUUUUGGGAACAAAUACCACGACUUUGACAUACUGUUGGUACCGGUAUCAAAGGUACCAAGUAAAAAUAUCAUUAGUUUCAAAAUGUUACUUGAAACGGUGUCAAUUAACGAUAAUGGCAUGAAAUGUGCAAAAUUAACUUUUUGUUCCCCACUUUAACACUGUCAAGUGUAAUUUGUUGAUUGAGGGCUACCUGAAUCAAAGGUUAUAAAGGGUUUAUUUAAAGAAAUUAAGCCAUACUUGGCUAAAUUAUGAAAAAUGACAAAAAUUAAAUAAACAAAGACUCUCUAUACUUUAUAUGAAUAUUUAUUUUAGUCAAGUAGGUUUACCUACACAGGUAUUUCAUAUAUCAUAAUAAGUAAGUCUUUAAUGUUAUCAGAUUAUAUCGUUCAUACAGAAAGGUACCUAAUAUCAACUCAGUUAAGUUGUUUUUUACAAAAAUCUUUUCUAACGUAACGAAAAAUUGUGCAAUCACACUAAGAGAGCUUAAUGUAAAUCAAUAACUUAACGAAUUUAAUAAUCUGUUUAAAAAGACUGGCGAUUUGUACAGUAAUUUAAAGUUAUUUGUAUAUAACGAUCAAAUACCUACAAUAUCACAUUUUAAUAUUAUUAAUUUUUAUACCAUAUUUUAAGGUUGUGAUAACAUUAUCCAUCCAUGUUUAUAAAAACCAUUCAUAAAACAAAAUAUUUUUACAUUUUUUUCUAAGUAUAUGACAAUUUAUUGUGAUUAUCAUAAAGUAUACCUAGUAAAAAUAUGUUAAAUUGAUAUAAACAAGUUAUAACAAAUAUAUACUUUUUGGCACUAAUAAAUAUUAUUAUUCAUUA